CUUAUUUAUAGAGCGCAUGCGCAGUGUAGACAGUGACGUGGCGUUUGCAGCAGGCGGAAGUGUGUUGUUACCGCUCUGGGGGGAGAAAAAACUCGACGAGAGAGAGAGAGAAUAUUGAGUUUAAAAACAAAAAUGGUAACGGAUGUGCAGCUGGCCAUAUUUGCCAACAUGCUUGGUGUCUCAUUGUUCCUCCUGGUUGUGUUAUACCACUAUGUUGCUGUCAAUAACCCAAAGAAACAGGAGUAGCAUCUCCCAGGAUGGACCCAGCUGCAGUUGGAAAGGUCACAUGAAAAUCAACACCACCACCACCCUGGAACCCCUGUACUCUUAAUGUCCUCUUUACAAGAGACCAGUUUCUGUUUGACUUGCACCAAGUGUUUUCUAAUGUGUGAAUUUCAUUUAACCGUGAUUCAAUAAAUUUGUUAUAAAUGAACAAUGGCAACUUCUUAA